AUGAACCAAAUAGAAAGAGUCCCCUCCCCACAUGGAUGUUUUGAGAUCACCGAGUCCAAAGGCUCAUGGUCCCGCAGAUACAUUUUUGAUGAAGACUACAACCAACCACCUUUUCUAACAACACGAAACCACCUGCAAGACAUUAUCGUCCCCGUCGGAUACCCAACUACUGUUGAACGGGGUUACUUCCGCUUUGUCGCGUUCUCUGUCGCAAUGGAGUCGUGUAACAUGAUGUUACUUGUCAUGUCUAUUUCAGCGUCUUUGAGGAUCGAUUCAAGUCACUCCGCUGCCUUCUUUGUGAUCUUCCGCGAGGUCAUGGCAGGAACCAUGCACUUGAUCAUCACCGAGCGUUGGGGGUCUUCCAUUGUGUUUUAUGCGAAGCAGUGGCGCAUGCGAAUUGAGAUCAUUUCGGAGCUUUUGCGCCUCAUUCAAAUCGCGUUCAUCGCGUCGCCGAUAUUUUAUUCAAUCAACGUGACGUGUUCGACGAUCGAAAGUGUUCUCAAUGCAUCGCGACAAGUGAUCAAAACAAAGAUCUUAAGCAAUUACGCGAAGGAGAAUAAUGUCGCCGAACUCACUGAAAAGGCUCAAAACAUUGAGACACUCGCACGUGUUAUUUCUUUGUUAAUAGGUUUUAUAGUAUUACACUUAUUAGGGGAUUUCACAGAACAUGGUAUUAUAGUGUUUAUGUUAGCAUUAAUAGCUCACGUUGUGUGCAAUUUCUUAAUGGGGCGAGUGAUAGUGUUUAAAGCAAUCAAUUAUGAACGAUUAAUGAUUCUUAUGAAGUACUUCACGACAGUCAAAAACGAAAUACUGUCACCUCUUGUCGUCUCUGCAAUUGAGAGUAAAAUCCGCGUGAACGAAAUGAAGAACAUUCGAAUGGGGGUGAGUCUCAAUUCCAUUCCAAAGUCGACGGACCUCUUUUUUGCGAUAAGUCAGUCCAUUAAGACGUGUCAAUACUUCCUUUACAAAAACACUAACAACACCAUUUCUGUGCUUCUUGGUGACAAGAUUACUAAAGAAGGGAUCUUCGAGGCAUUAUUAUGUGCGCAUUCUCAAGAAAGGGUGGGACAUCGAGAACCUUGA